CACAGCCUCUCUCUAUUCCCCCUUCUCUCUCUCCAACUCCUCUGGAACAACUCUCAUCCUCCAGGAUUCUCCUCCGCCGCUUCCCCCUCGUCCUCCUUUUCUCAGUUGAACCUCUUUUUCUUUUACUUUCUCCGCCUCCCUCCUCUUCCUCAACACCUCCAGAAAUGUGAGUAGAUAACGAGGACCCCCUGCCAUCGGUGAGUUGUCUCCUGCGCGCGCUUCAGAGAACGGGAGCAUCUCCAUCCUCUGCGCCCCCCCUCCCUAAUUCUUUCUCUUCUUCUUUUCCUUUUUUUUUGGGACUAUCAUCAUCUUGCCUUUCAGCAAUGUAGAAGAAGGUGCGCGGUCAUUCCAGCGAGAGGAUGCCAACUACAGCAGCCCCGUGCUUCUCCAGCCGAUGAUGAUGAGGAGGGGGGAGACAUGACAGAUAUGCGCGAAGGCAAAGUUUGAGGGCUCCUCUUUCGGUCUCCGCUCACCUGUGCGCCCCCUCUUCUUUUGAAAACUGAGGAAGACCACCGCCACCAUCACCACCAGAACAAUUCUCAACUUCCCUGAGACCUGACUCUUUUUUUUUUUGUGUUGUGCUCGGGCAUCUGUUUUCGUUCUGUGGGAUUUGUGCGCGACAUUUGGAGGAAUUUGAUGUGCGCAACGUCGAGGGAUAUGUGGCUCAAACGAUGUUUGCGUUAAAGACAGCUGGAGUAAGGUCCGUCACUUGAGUGUGUGUGUGCUUCGGCGUUUUUUUUUUUUAUUUUGUUGUUUAUGAGCUAUUGUCGACUUUGGUGGAAGCCCGUGUCGAUGGGAGGCUACCUGGAGGACUGAGACGGAUCCGGGCGGUCGAGACAAAAUGUGGAUAAAACGGAGCGUUGCGCGCAGCCCGUCUGCUUUGAGGCCAGGCAGCUGCGUGGGGCACCGGAUGUGGAUCCUGCUGGCGAUGACCCACCUCACCCUGGACCUCUCAGUGUGUAGUCCCCUUAACCAGGGUCCGGGGAUCAAACUCACGCCAAAAUUGGUGCCUCGCUCAAGGCCCCGCUUGCAGCCCCUCUGGGACACUCCUAAUAAGCUUCACUGGAGAACAGUGAGCCCCUUGGCCCACCGGCUCUUCAACCCUAUCCCUCCACCCAAAGACAGCAGGGCAGGGAUAGGGCCAAAAGUCAAGGGUCAACAGCAUCGGAAACCGACACAUAAAGGAAAAGCAGCGUGUAAGGAUUGCCAGUUGAGAUACUCUCAAAUGCAGACAAGUGGUCUUUCAGCUGUUAUAGCAGAAGCUCCAGCAGCUUUAUCCAAUGGGAACAGAGGAGACACGAUGAGGUUGUUACUGAGAGCCAGAAGGCAGCUGAAAUGGGACAGCUAUGACAAGUCUCAGGAGGGCCGGACUACCACGGUGGCCGGAUUUAUCGACUGGGGACCCACAGGUACUGAUAGCAUAGAUGGCGAUGACAAGCCGCAGCCGAAUGUAACGCUGUUCGCCAGGGCCUCAUCUACCACAGUGACCACAACCACUAGUACAGCAACCAGGCUCUCCCAAAGGACGGUCACUGUAGGGACCACACAAGAGCCCAAGAGGCCAGGCCCCACCAAGACCCCAAUCAGCUCGGGGACUGUCAAACCAUCAAAGCCAUAUGGGGACACACCAGGUUUGGCAGUUCACCAGAUAAUCACAAUCACUGUGUCUCUCAUUAUGGUUAUCGCAGCCUUGAUCACAACACUGGUCCUUAAAAACUGCUGUGCACAGUCGGGAAAUGGUCGCCACAAUAGCCAUCAGCGCAAGAUCCACCAGCAGGAGGAGAGUUGCCAAAAUCUGACAGACUUCACCCCGGCCCGGGUGCCCAGCAAGGUGGACAUCUUCACUGCUUACAAUGACAGCCUGCAGUGCUCACAUGAGUGCGUUCGGACUGCCGUGCCCAUCUACACCGAUGAGAUGAUUCAGCAGACACCUGUCUACAAGAGUGCAUACAACGGAAACAGGCCCUCCCCCACUGAACGUCAGCUGAUUCCCGUGGCCUUCGUGUCGGAGAAAUGGUUCGAGAUCUCCUGUUGACGAGCCGAAAGGCCUUGUUCUUUUUGUGUGGGUGGAAGGGACUCCCUGAAAGCACGCUCUGGAUCCAGCUGGAAAUGAGAAACACAACAACAGCUUCUUUUGUAAAGUAGUGUAAUCACUCUUUGGACACUGGUGAAGAUAUUUAUUUUUCUAGAGAUGACAAGCGGAGCGGCUACGACGCUGCCCCUCCAUAUUUCCAGGAACGUGCAGUCAUUUAGAUAUAGAUUACAUGUAGGUAUAUUUACAGGACGUUUGGGACGAGACUGUGGUCGUCACAGAUGUCCCAAGAAAAAAAUAAAAAACACAGGACGUUUUGAAAAGGAACCUAAGGAGCUACUGCGGCUGGAAGACAAACUGUAUUUAUGAACAAUGUGCCAAUAAUGCCACUAUGUGCCACAACCUGGAUAGACGGACAUUUCAACAACUGAUGGACUAAACAAAGAACGCUAUAUUAACCCUGUAAUGACUCCAACUGCAUUGUUUUCUUUUUUGGUUUGGUCCUUCUUUUUUUAAGAAAUGUGACAGUUAAAAAAAAAAAAUGCUUCAAGAUGUGUUUGAAUUUGUUUUGAAAUAGUUUUAAGAAUUGUGUUGCAAAAGAGUCUUAAAGAUAUUUAUACGACGCACUAUUCUAUUAGUUGGAGGGAAGAGAGACGGUGGAAAAAACAGAAACGGUAUAUGCUUUAUGGAACAGUUGAUUUUAAAACAUUGUUUCUACAGGUCCCAUUUUAGGAACAAAAAAUUGUUAUGUCUAUUUUUUUACACAGUAGAGUCUGCCACAGCCCUAACAUUGGAGGUCUGAAGCACUUGGUACUCCACACUGUUAAUUAAAUAACCCCCCCACCUACCCAUUCACCCCCACGGCUUCGAUUAUAACAAAAAAAAACAUCUGAAUACACCUGGUGCGAGCCAAGCCCAACGCCUGCUCCAAACGCUUUUUGUGUACGCUCCAAACCUAAAUUUGGGUUUUAUCGAAAAACACACAAAAGGUUUCUGUGGCACAGGCUCAUAGCUUCAAUGAAUCCCAAUGCAGCACAUUCAUGGACAGAAUGAGUAAGGACACGGCCGCAAAACACACUGCACGGAGCUGGACAGGACACACAUACUGCCUCAGGUCUGUCUAGCUCUUUUGCACCGUAUGUGUAGGUCUUAGCCUCGGCAGCUGUUUUGGGAUGAAUUCUAAUGACUUUUUAUGAUUCAUAUCUGAGCUGCGACGCUAAAAAGAGGGCGGAAUAGAUUCAAUUUGAGCUCCACAUUCAUGUGAUAAUUUGCUUUAAUAGGAAAGAGAUUGAAAAAACUAAUCCCUUCAAAGAUAGUACGUUAAUAUCUCCUCCCGACUUCCAGAUUAGUUCACUUUAGACAAAUUAUUUUUUGAAACCUCAAAGUCUCAUUUACGGUGAGAAAGUCAUAAAGAACAUGAACCAAUUUGUCGAAGAUGGAGCAUUAAAUUAUCUCCAGUUUAUCGGCUGAUAGCGAAGAGAAGCAGGCUGUGACGGAGGUGCUGCAGGAAGGGGCUCCCAUCUGGACUUAAAGGGAUCUGCAUGUUGUGUUUUAAACGCAGGCUGCAGGCAGGAAGAAAUUCCCUCACUGAAUGUGUCGUUAAAGGGUAGUCAGCUCUCUUCUGAGCCCAGAUCCACUCAAUAAUUGAGGACAAUAUUUCUAGUAUAUCACAAUUUCUGCUAACACAGCCAUUGCGCAAAUUUGUGCGGAAGGAAGCAGAGCGAAAGUAUGGAAAUUUAAAACCCUCCGUCAGUGCAAGAAGAAGCGAAAGGAUUAUGACAAGCCCGUCAGCCGCUGCCAAAUUGGUUUAAACUAUCUCUUAAAUCAAGAUGAGGGAACUCCGUGGUCAGGAAGGGACAAUAACGCUCUCCUGAGAGUUGUCUUGCACCUGUCAUUUUAUUAUCAAUCUCCGAAAGACACAUUACCUUUGUGCUAUGAAGCUUUUGAGGAAGCCGCCUCUCGAUCUACCUUGUGCUGUGGGUUUGUACAAAGCACAAAUACAAUUCUGUAAUUGUAAAUGUUUCUUGGUUGCAGACAACAAUAUGUACGGAUGAAACAGGUGGGAUUCGUCGAUGUGGAGCUCCAGGAAUUGGCGUAGGUGGCGUUUUAAGGCGGGUUUUCGCUUCUUCGAAGGAUUUGAGUAUGACAGGCCUCCCCAGUGAGGUCGGCAGCCGUAAAUGUGAGCCAAUCAGGAGGUGCCGAGAUGACCUGGGACAAACACUGUGGUGCAAAAAUCCUGAUUUUGCCCGUUCACAACAUGACAACCACACCCAUGAAUGACCCAUACCAGUUCAGCCUCGCGCGUGUGUCAGGCUACGGAGUUGCUUCUUUGACAUAACAUAUAUUUUUCUGAAUGAAGAGUGUUAUCUCACCUAGUCAGAGGGUUACAAAAACUUACUGUAUAUUAUAACACGUGUAAAUGUAUUUUCUAUAUAUUUGCUUCUAUUUGUGUACAGGUGUGUUCUAUUUUUCAAGACCCCGCCCAUUUUUGGGGAGGUCUCAGCUAGGUCGGGGAUAGUGUCUUUGUUUACAUGUGUAACUACAGUAAUUUCUUUCAAAACACAAAAACUAACCUUGUGCCAAGCUUCCUACCUGCACUUUCAAGCAGUACUUGUAUUAUAUCUUUAGCUAACCAGUAUAAUACUUCAGUAGACGCUGCAAUAGAGACGGGGGAUUUCCAGGUGGUACGUGUGAAAGGCACAGCGCUGCUUGGUUCUAGGGCGCGUUGUUAUCAUAUCUCGGGCUGUGCUGUAUUCACGGUUGGCUGGGAAACCAAUGACUCGCUCGACAUUAAUUCUAAUAUACAGCGCUCCAUCCCACGAAUGAAAAAACAACAAACAGUGUGAAUCCAGUAGCUGCCAAGAAACCGACGAAAGUUGAUCAAUGCUGGGUUUCAUUCCUUUGUCAUAUUUCUCAUUUUGCUACAACUGCCCCAGAAAAUGUAUGAUAUGUCAUUCAUACUUUACUGUAAUGACUGUGAAGACUAAUAUUAGCAUUUAUGAGCAUAUGAAAUAAUCAGGGCGAGGCGUCUACAUGGGGAAUUGUAAAAGGAGGGCGGUGUGUGAAUUACUCUUGGUCUGCAUUUCAUUUUGAAUGCAACAUAUAUAUCAACCUAUUUCGAAAACGCCAUGAUCAGAUGAAAUGCAGUGAUGUGGAAUGCCAUUCAACAAAGGAUGAAAAGGAUGAUUCUGCUUUAUUCUGACUUUGGCCUUAUUGUUAAUCACCUUAGCAUCUGUAGGCUGCGCUGGUCUGUCACAUGCUCAAUCCACCACUAAGGUGCAUCUCCAUUACUAUUAGAAAGCCCCUGUCUGUCAUGCUAAAAGGCUGAACCCACGUGUUGAGCAUGGUAAACAGUACAUCGGCGUAUAAGCGCUUUAAUCGUUAGCACGUACAGUUCAGCCACAGUGAAGUUAAGCUGCAUGGGUACAAUGAAGUCUGGCAGGGUAAAAACACAAGCGCACAACUACAGUAUGAGCCACCUCAGCAAGUGUGCAGAGUCAAACUGAAUCCUUUAAGGUGUGAUGGAUGUUUACAACAGAUACUUUGUGAAAGGGUUUUACUGUUUGCCCUCACUUUCUCUGCUCGUGUUGUUCCUCUCGCCUCGUCAGACUUUCAUCUUGGCAACUUGAUCUCAGCAAUUAAUUCAGUGAGUUCAAUUUUAUCAUUAAUAUAAGGAACAACAUUUUGUGCUAAGUGUUAAAACUAGACCCAAGUUGCAUUAAAUCAGAAUUAUCAAUUUAAGCUUUCAGAGUGAAGACUGUGAGAGGUCUGUUCUCCCUAUCAUGAAGAACAGUCGUUCCCUUCUACACCUGAACUCUCAGAAAAUCUGGCUAUUGAACAUUUGUGACAUUGUUUCUGUCGUGAUUCAACAAGGAACUACCUUUGGUUUCUGCACUAUUAACACUGUACCCAAUAAUUGUAAAAUAUAAAUAUUGAGGUUUGAUACCAAGCUGAUGAUGAUUGUGUGAGACAAGAGUUCUGAUUCUUUGAAACAUAGCAAAUCACACCAUUGAACCCUUUUGUUUGAAUUUCAUUCUGUGUCUCAUACAGAUGGGGUUUCUAGGGUUUUACUGCAGUUUGCCUUGUGUGCACUGUUACCAUUUCUCAUCAAGGUGGACAUGCCUUUAGCGAGCAGCUCUCAAUUCACCAUGCAUUCCUGAAGGACAUUCAGACAAGGAAAAAUGUCAUUUGCAGCUUUUAAGUUUAUUCGGAGACUUCGGCGCUCAUCAGCCCUUCUCCCUUUUUGUACCUCUGUCUGAAAUCAAAGUGAUAUGUAAGGAAAUGCCUUACUGCUCUCUUGCCUUUUCGGUUUAUAUUUCUGGAUGCCUGAUGUGGUUUAUUAUAUAGCUAAGAGGGAGGAAAAUGAUUCCCCUUUGCUGGUCAGAUUCGAUUCAGGAAACAUUAUGUGAGAGCAGCGCAGGAGGAGAAGGCAGCAGGAACAGGGGGGGGCUUGGAGGGAAGUCUUACACAGACACCAAAGACUUGAUAUGCCUUUUUCACAAGAAUGAAUAUUUCGCGGCUGCCAUUUCUCUCUCUCCAGCAACCCACUAAACCUAUGCUCCCUUCAGCACAAACAAGCUAUCAAUCAGCGAGGCUUUUCCUGUCAAGAUGAAGGAUGCGCUGCGCACUCGUUUGCAGAGGCUGUGAUUCCUGUUGGCAUGUCAGACAUACAGAGUGAAACUUAUUGACCUAUGUGUUGUUUGGAUAGGAUGCUGGCUGAACAUCUCCAAGGCCUAGGUUUGUUUUUCCAUUUUUUUUCUCCAUAUCACCAGAAGCGUUCGCAUGAGGAAUCAGUGUAUCGACCCUGUUUAAUCAUGGCCUACAGGCGCCUGAUUAACCCAGAAACGCAUCUCACAGCUGGCACCUUUGAACAUACAGUGAAGAUAUUAAUAUAAGUCCAUACUGCAGGUUGCUCAAACAACAAGGCAAGACUCAGCAGGAAGAAUAAAAUAUUAG